AGGUAUGUUGUUAACAGCAUAUUACGUGUCAUGUCAGAUGCUGAUAAAAUACGAAACUCUGGAACCCAACAAUGCAUAAUAGUUGUAAAAAUUUCAGGAUUUCUUGGGUCUAUGUUUUCUGGUCUUCAGUUUCUGUCUUCACCACUGCUUGGUGCCCUUUCAGAUGUUUGCGGACGUAAACCAAUAAUUAUUUUAUCUGUCGCUGGUACUCUUGUUUCCUACUUAGUAUGGUCUCGAGCUACAACAUUUACACUGUUUGUUCUAUCAAGAAUUAUUGGUGGACUAAGUAAAGCUAGUGUCUCUAUUUCAACAGCAAUUGUAUCUGACAUAUACGCUCCAAAAAUUAUUGGGAAAGGAAUGGCCCUAAUAGGAGUAGCUUUUUCUGUUGGCUUUGUUGUUGGGCCGGUGUUUGGUGCCUAUUUUGCACAAACGGCAAAAACGGUCGCUGACGGCGAAUUAUUUUUUGUAACUCCUGCAAGAUUUGCCAUUAUGCUUACCUUGAUCGAACUCCUCAUAAUUCUCACUUUACUUCCAGAAACAUUGGAACAGAAAAAGCAGAAGAUUAAAUCAGCAAAUAUUGCCCGAAAUGCUAUGGUUUACGUAAAUCCUAGUGCACUAUUUGGAUUUGCAGCACUUAAGGAUAGUGUUCCAGCAGCAGAAUUGGAAAAACUACAAAUCUACGGGGAAGCAUACUUUGCUUAUCUUUUUCUGUACUCUGGACUGGAAUUUACCUUAUCAUUCCUUACGCGACUGCGUUUUCAGUAUGACAGCACUAUAAUUGGAAUUAAUACUUAUUGCUUUCGUCAACAUCCUUCAUCAUUUUGCCAAACUUAUACCACUAAAUUUGAAAAAAUAUUUUUAGGAGGUCUGGUGAGAAGGUUGCCGUCUGCGAAGCAUCUAAAAUUUGCAUCUCAUGGAAUUUGGAUGAUUAUACCAGCUUUCAUGAUCAUUGGCCUGUCCCACAGUGUUUUAAUGCUCUAUAUUGGAAUUAGUCUGUAUUCUAUAGCUUCUGGCAUCGUAGUGCCUUGCUUAACUUCUCGUGUUUCCAACCUUUCAUCGCCAAACUCUAAAGGUACCACACUUGGAGUAUUCCGAAGCCUUGGUGCUCUUGCGAGAGCUGUAGGACCAAUUUUUUCAUCCGCAGCAUUUUGGUUGGUCGGUCCAGAAAUUUCCUAUACGAUAGGUGGAUUAUUGUUAAUAAAGCCCAUUAUACUCCUAAACCAAAUCCGAAAAGAUGCUUUGAAAGCUGAAUGA